AUGAACCCCAAAAAACCGGGGAAGGUCCGUAUAAUCUGGGAUGCGGCCGCUAAAGUAGAUGGUGUAUCUCUGAAUAGUGCACUACUCAAAGGCCCGGAUCAACUAUCUUCUCUACCAGGGGUCCUAUUCCGCUUCCGUCAGUAUGGGGUGGCAGUAAGCUCGGAUGUUCAGGAGAUCUUCCACCAACUCCGAAUCCGAGAAGAAGACAAGAUUUCUCAACUAUUUUUAUGGCGCACCAAUCCAUCCGACAAUCCAACGGUGUACGUGAUGGAUGUUGCAACAUUCGGGAGCACCUGCUUGCCAGCAUCAGCACAAUUCGUGAAAAACCGCAACGCCGAGGAACAUUCCGAAGCCUACCCCGAAGCGACAAAUGCGAUCAUUCACGACCACUACGUCGACGAUUAUCUGGUGAGCUUUAGCUCCGUGGAGGAAGCAGCAAAGGUGGCAAGCGAUGUGCGCUACGUUCAUGGCAACGGAGGAUUCAAGCUUCAUAACUGGCGGUUGAACAGCAGCACGGUGCUCAACAGACUAGGCGUAGUCCAACACGAUGCCGAUAAGGAGCUGGACCUGAUCGAAGGCGCGAAAACCGAAAGGGUGCUCGGUAUGCUUUGGAGUCCGUCAACCGACGAACUGAGUUUCUCUACACAGAUGAGCGAAGAGGUGCAAACGCUGAUACGCACAACUACGAGGCCGACGAAGAGACAGGUGCUGCGAUGUGUGAUGACCCUAUUUGAUCCGUUGAGGUUGCUUUCACCGUUCAUCAUCCACGGAAAGGUUCUGAUUCAGGACCUAUGGCGAGAAGGUACGGAGUGGGACGAACAAGUCAGUGAUGAGGUCUACAAGAAAUGGCAGAGGUGGAUACAGAUGAUCGAAUACAUAGCCGAGAUCCGAAUCCCAAGAUGUUACUUCCCUAGUGAUACUCGGAGGACCUACCAGAAUUCCGAAGUUCAUGUGUUCGUCGACGCAAGCGAGGUGGCGUAUUCUUGUGCGGUCUAUCUACGCACAUUCAACGAAGACGGCGAUCCGCAGGGUUGCCUAAUCGCCGCCAAAUCAAAGGUUGCUCCUCUGAAACCUUGGUCUAUUCCCCGGCUGGAACUACAGUUCGUCUCCUAUCGGGUAGGCGAGAUCCUGGAACAUUCAACGGCAGCUCAGUGGCGGAGGGUACCGUCAAAAUCCAAUCCAGCGGAUGAAGCGACGAAAUGGGGAAGUGGCCCGUACUUCGAUCACGACAGCAGUUGGUUUCAAGGACCCAACUUUCUACGAUUGCCGGAAGAAGAGUGGCCCCGUAUUAAGGAACCAGUGACCGCUACUAACGAAGAAAUACGUGCAUCGAUUCUGCACCACCGAUCGUUCGAACCCACAAUAGACUUCAAUCGGUUCUCAUCCUGGGAUAGGCUGCAACGUGCAACCGCAUACGCUCUUCGAUUCCUGCACAACACGUCUAAGAAGCGGCCGGAAUACUCCGGGCCGUUGCAACAGUCGGAACUUCGAGCGGCUGAAGAAACAAUCCUUAAGCUGGUACAGCAUGAAUCCUACCCAGAUGAAGUUGCCGCACUGUCGAAUAAAGCACCGAACGAAGCGGGACAGGAGGAUAUCGGGAAGCAAAGCUCCAGCUAUCAACUGAUGCCAAUGCUGGAUGGUAACGAAUUGCUACGCGAGCGCGGUCGGAUCGAGAUAGCUGAACAUGUUCCCUAUUGCGUGCGACAUCCGGUGAUCCUCCCGAGGAAGCAUCGCGUCACGGAACUCUUAGUGAACCGAUACCAUCGCUAUUAUCACUAUGGGAACGACGAAACGGUGGUUAACGAGGUCCGGCAGCUAUACACAAUCCCUAGACUUCGAUUGGUGGUCAAACAGGUGAAACGCGAUUGCACCUUGUGCAAGAUUCGUCGAACACGACCAACGAUUCCGCCGAUGGCACCACUUCCGGCUGCACGUCUAGCGCACCACGAACGACCAUUCACUUAUACUGGAGUGGACUAUUUCGGACCGCUAUUCGGGGGUCGCCGGGGGCCACCAGCCGAGUUCUUCAGCGACAAUGGAACGAAUUUCCAAGGGGCGGACCGAGUACUGCAGCACCAAAUAAACCAACUGUCGACUGUCCACAACAUUCACCGGUAG